AUGACAUCACCACCUGUUGCAGCAGCCAAUGCAGCAGAUUAUGCCACCCUGCGGAUGGUUCAGCUGCGCCAGGCUUGCCGCGAUGCCAGGCUGCCGGUCUCUGGAAAGAAGGAAGACUUGGCACGGCGACUACAGGUCGUUAAGCAGGAAGGGAGGCAAGAGGUGCUGGCGCGCCGGCAGGCCUAUACCGGGGCCCAUGCCCAUCGCAGGGCAGAGAGAUCUCGAAGCCCCAAAGGCGCUCGCAGAGCAAGGGGUCGGACAUCGAGAAACAAGCAGGUGAGAAGCAGAGGCACGUACCUCAGUGUCGAAGACUUCCGAAAGCUUUGGUGGGCCGUCAAG